AUGAAAAUUCAGAGUGCAGACAGGCCUCCCUAACCUCCCUAUCCCUUGAGCAAAUUUGCGCGUCGCCAUCAUCGGCCCCCCUAUCCCUGACAAUUUGCCUCGUUCUCACCCAUUUGUGGAUUUCUUAUUUAGCUACGGCCAUACCAUUCUUUCUCCUCCUCCAUUGCACACCAUACACACAGUGACACAGACACCUCCAGUCACAAACCAAACCACAGAGGUGAGUAACCAUGGCAGGGCUGCAGCGAUCUUCACAAACUUUCAGGAGGUCCGGCUCGUCAGGCUUGGUCUGGGAUGAGAGGCUCAUGUCUUCACAGGACGGCAACCAGGGGGAGCCAGAGGGUACUGGAGCCACGGAGUUCAAGGAGCUGAGGCACUCCCGCAGCGUCGGCUCCGUUGGGCUGCAGCGCAGGCGCAACGACGGCGCGGAGCACAGGCGGCGCCGCGACGACGGCAACCAGGGCUUCCAUACCCGGCGUGUUGCCCCAGCUCUGGACCCGCCUUCGCCCAAGGUUCCUGGCUGCAUCUUCUGUGGGAUCUUCAGGAAGGCUGGAGCUUCAGAGCCAUCCAAGCCCAGAAGGUACUAAGGUGAUGUAAAAUCCUUCAAGUAUCAGUUUCUCAAUCUUGAGCCUGCAGAAGUUCGAGUCAUGUGUGGAUGCUAGAACAUGAGAUGUAUAAUUGUAGUUUGGACAGGUUGUGAGCUUCUCCCUCUUGCUAUAUUCUUGAAUACAGGAAACUGUAUUCUUGAGUGACUGUCUUCCAUCAUCUACAUGCUAGAGUAUGUGCAUCUCUUUGUAGAAUACUUGUAUAUAUACAUACAUGUGUAAACAUACAUGUACAUGAACAUGAUGUCCUGCUUGGCCUUGUUUCUGCGCCUUCUACAUGAACAUGGUGCUCUUGUUUUAUCUCAA